AUCAUCAUUUAUGGACAAAAUGCAGUAAUUCAACUCUAUUAGUAUGAUGUUCGGGUGCACUAUGCAUAUUUUCUUAAUACAUUUAGGUUAAGGAAAAAAGAUAUUAAAGAAAAAAAAAUCGUAAUAUAACACCAUUACCGGGAAGUGAAUACAUUUUGUACUUUAUCGGGUUUACGUCACAAUGAAGACAUUUACCACAGGUAUGAUAGGGAAGUGCAUAUUAAUCUAUGAAUGAGAAAUUAAAUGAAUUUGAACAUGCUUAUAAUGUCGGGAACUAAUGGAACUAUUAUUCCGCAACUUCCUUCACAAGAAUUUCCUCUUAAUGUGUUUCUUCAGAAACUGUCUAAACAGCUUACAGAAGAGGAAUUUGAAGAUCUGAAAUUUCUUUGCCAAGGUAAAGGCGGUAUAAGAAAAGGAGAUAUGUCACAGUUAAAGACCUCUCUGGAUCUCUUUACCAUUCUUCGUGAGAGAGAAAUAAUAACAACUGAAAAUUUGCUCACACUGCAAGCUAUGAUAUGGCAUAUUGGACGAAAAGAUUUGUACAAAGGAUUUGUUCGUUUUUGUGAACAAUCAGAUAAUACUCUUUACUUUUUUGAGGCUCCAGAAAAAGCAGAAGACGAACAAGAACAUGUGAAAUUCCAUGUAAUGGGUUAUAAAUGCAGGACUGAUUUAUAUAAACUGAGAGGAGCUGUAUCUAAAAUUCUUUGUUGCCCAGAAAGAUAUGUAAUUAUAAGAGGAAUAGAACAAAGUAACAGUUUGUGGAUAACGUUCAUGAUACCAGACUGGUGUACAGACAUUCUAAUUUGUCUCUCAAUCAAAUCAUGGAAAGUUUUGGAGGAGCUGACAGUCGACAAAAUAUUCAUUCAAAGUGUUAAAAAAGAAAUAGUUUGCCCAUUCAAUAUACAAGAAAAUGCAGCAGUAACUGAACAUGCAGAUGAUUCUGACAUGAUUCAUGGUAACGACAUUGAUCCUGGCAGUGAAACCAUCAGCGUGUCUGAUCUGAAUACCCAACGUAUAAACAAAAGAGAAGAAGGUAUUUCAUCGAAUGAUGAUGACCCUCGAGAAAAAUCGUUUGAAGAAAAAAGGAAGUUUUGGUUAAAUCGAUUAACCCCAGCAACAGUUCAUUCGACGGCUACAAGAGAUAAGCUGAUAUUCAAACAACGAAACCAAACUUUCCGUGGACGAAAAUUUAGUCUUGACACAAGUGUGACAACAAGUGAAUCAACCACAUCUAUUCAGGAAAACAUGUAUGAGGCAUCAGCAGUACAAUGCUCAGAACAAAUUGAAACACAAAAAGAUUUUGCUUUGGCAUCUAAUGAAGACAAAAGCAAUGAAAAUGAUAUCAACAUUAGGACUGAUAUCAUUAGAAAAGGGAAAACUAAUAGAGAGGGAGUUAGUCAUUUACAUGGAGAUACAACAAGUCAACGACGGGCAGAUUCAGGAUUUCUUGAUCUCUAUGUAGAUGAAUCGAAAGAGACAUGAUCAUUUUUUGAAAUUAUCACAGGUUACUAUUCAAAUCAAUAUUAUUUCUCAACUGACUUGUCUUUUAAAUGGUCAAUUAUGGAUACAGCCAGUCAUUAUGAAAUAUGUUUCAAUCAUUCAUCUGGUGGAUAGUUUUUUAAUUGGCAAUCAUACUACAUCUUCUUAUAUGUGUGUCAUUUAUUUAUUUCUAAACGCAAAAUCAAAAGUGAAGAAAAACAUAAGUUAAACUCAGUAAAAAGCAGUAUUUUAACUAGAAAUGUUAUGUUCAAGGACUUGCAAUUACUGAAUUGGUUAAAGCUUGAUAGUGCCUUGGACAGCAAAUGAAAUCUGAUGAUUUGUCUAUUCUUUCAUCACAAAUAACAACCUUUGUUUCCAUUUGAUGUCAUUAAACAAUACAAAGUACAUAUCAAAUAAAAAAGAGAACACUUGGAGGUCUUCCUACAAUAUUUUUUGUUAAAUCAGCCAAAAAUUCCUGAAGAUAUAGCGAACAAUUUAGACAUACUUUCGUCAUAAGCCAAGUU